ACAGGCACGUGACACAACAGGGGCUGGCUGUGCUGUCAGACAUCUCAGGCUCUGCAGUCAUUUCAGGACCUGUGGCAGCACACACACUCCAGCUCGGCUCCCCAGGGCACGACCUUAGCCCUCUCCAGCGUCUCAGCUCCGACCCAGUCAGAUGGGCAGCCGAUUCGGAACAAUGGGCAACCUCCAUGUGACCUUCCAGUCUCUCCAGAAGCCCGUUGUGAAGAAGACCUCCAAGGGAAGCUACAAGAAGUGAGGGAAAAGUGAUCAGGGGAAGUGGACAGUGUGAAGCAGAAACCUCCAAGAGGGCACUGAGGACAGUUCACAUUUCUGGGAAAGGACCAGUCUCAGGUUUGCCAAGCAGUCUGAGAGAGGAGCACAGAGGAUGGCAAUCACAGGUCUGUCUCAGUAGCACCCAUGUCCCUGGGCCUCAGGGGAGGGCAUCCCCACAGCAGGCUUUUCCAUGGCACCAAGAAAGCAUACAGGCACCAGGAUGGGUCUGCUGCAAGAGAGGUGUACAGGGUACCCGCUCUAUGUGCUGAGUCUCCUCGAGGCUGCUGGGACCUUGACCUUGAUGGUCUAUGCACUGCUGUGUGAAGCUGGAAACCUGGUUGACCUCCCUGACAAACGCAUUGGCUUUUACAACUUCUGCCUGUGGAAUGAGACAGCCGGGGAGCUGCACUGCCUGGACUACAAGCAUCUGCAGGUGAUGGGCAUCAGCCUACCAGAAAUAGCGCUAGCCAGGGUUUGCGUCUAUACCUGCCUGGUCUUCAGCAUCUUCUACCCCCUUUUUGUUGUAAACGUGCAGCGCACAGAGCAGAGAGAGGGGUGGAAGAUAAUCCUCAUCAUACUCUUUAUCCAGAUGAUAAUCCUGUCUGGGGGCCUGGGCAUGUUUCUUUUACAAACCUCACAGUGGAUUCAUCUCUCUGAUUUCACUGAGGGCUUCCUGGCACUGCUUGGGACUCAGGCUCUGCUACUGCUUCAGAUUCUCACUGCCACUAUGUACCUCAGCUGGGUCAAGCACACAGACAAGUGUCAAAGGCCUUUUACAGAGAAGGUCCUGCCCACUGAGAUUUGACAGUGAAGAAGAUGCAAAAGCUAUCAUUAGCCUGAUUUAAAUUAGUAAUCCCAAUGCAGCUUUAGUCACUGGCAAGAAUUUUAUCCUUAAUCCAAAGGCUCAUGUCCAGCCAUGCUCUGGCAUAUUGCUGUGUGCAACACUCCUCUGUCGAGUUGGCAGCAGACACCAAUAGCCACAGUGCAUGACAGAAGCUUCCCAGGAACAACAGCGUGUAACACCCCUCAGUAUGGGGCACAGCAUCAGAGCAACAGCACUUCUGGCCCUGACCCAAAGGGCAGUGAUCGGAACCAGCAGACAGUGGACACAGUCCUCUGUCCUAAGAUAAUAUCUAGUUUAAGCACAGCCAAACAGGGAAGGAACAGGCAUCCUUUCUUGGAGCUGCCCAGAGAAUAUGCUCCUUCUCCACCUCCUGGACUAACCAGGGAUGCCUUCAAGGUUAAUUGUGACUUGAGUAGCUGUGGCUUCAUGUUGCCAUCACAGCAGUAGCAGCCUCAAAGGUGCACUGAAAAUACUCUCUUCAGCAGGAGCACCUGUACUUCACCAGCUCUAAUAGUAUCUGGAGUGACUGCCUUAGUUCAUCCAACCCUAGCAGCAGCAGAGCACCUGGAGAGGCAGCCUAACAACUUGAUGAACAGAGCUCCAGUGAAGAGGGUUUCCAUGAGGAAGUAGAGGAUUUUGGUGCAGAGCCCCAGGUUUGUCCCCCAUUGAUAUUAUGGGGUUGAGCCCAGCACUCCAGCAACCUUUGAGACUCCAGAAGAAGUGGUUCUGUGUGAUGGCAGCUCACCAAAAGCCAGCUCAGGACACACACCACACAAGGGUGUGCUCAGGGAGCAGGGCUAGGGCUGCCAAAAGGCUGGAGUGCAGUGCCCCAGCUAGGCCAUCAUAGCCAGAGCACUGGAUGGAGUCUCCAUGCCAUGUCUGUAAACCUUGCACAAAGAAACACCUUUGCCGCCACCCCCUUUGGGGACAUGAGGGUACAUUUUCUCUCCUGUUUCAGUCUUGGUGGGGAUGUGGCUGGUGAUGGUAGUUUGACUGAUUCCUUUUUUCAAUAAAGGCUCUC